AUGCCGGACGAACAUGACUUUCGACUACAAGCUCGACUAGAUAAAGUAGACACGUCGGCGCUCAAAGGGUCCAAGCAGCCCAUGACUCUGAACGACCUGAUCGCAUCAAUGUCACAUGCACCUUUCAUCAUUGGUCUUUGGAAGACCAUAGUUGCUGCCCAAGAUCAUAUUCAAGCACCGCCAGCCCAGCAAUUCGCCCAGUUCCCUUCGGCUCUUGUUGGUCGUCCCGUUGCUCUCGCACAUCUUUCAUUGGCACUCGAGCUUGCAACUCCACCUAUGCAGAGCCAAGCCUACGCCGAUUAUGCUGAAGACGAGGCCAACGAUGUCACUGGUGUGAGUCUGUCUGAGACUGUGGAUGGGGAACUCACACGAUAUGAGUUUGGCAUUAAAUUGGGCGACAUGUUGGGCCACCAAGAUGGGUUGAUUGGCUACUUCACACAUCCAGAAGCUGAGGAAGCUUGGAACAUUGUCACCGACUUUUCCAUCGACGAUUUGUCUCUACUGAGCGUCAAACACACAAACAAUGCACCUCCUCUCACCGUGUCCCCCAGCUAUCCACCUGUGCUGUCUGCGGGUACUUCUGACCCCUUCAACAUCACCGACGAGGCAAAUAAUUAUCAAAAGCGGAAAGCCGAGGCCUUGCAAUCUUCUCUCGUCACUGUACUCCUGGACCCCUUCCUUCCAAUCCACGUACGAUCAGGGAUACUCCCUGCAGUUCAAGUCCAGCUAAACCGAGACGACGUGGAGCGAGACCUUCAAAAUCUCGGCGUUUGA